AUGAUCAAGGUUAUUUGCAACGACUGUCUUGGAAAGGCCCGACUUAAAUGCACCACCGAUGAUACCACUGGGGACCUUAAGAAGCUGAUUGCAGCCCAAACUGUCACCCGUUGGAACAAGAUUGUCCUAAUGAAGUGGUACACGAUUUUUAAGGACCAUGUGUCUCUAGGGGACUAUGAAAUCCAUGAUGGGAUGAACUUGGAGCUUUAUUACCAGUAG